GUGUCAGAUAUUCAUAUCAGUAAAUUUCAGGAUCCCAAACGAGCUCCUGACUUUGAAAAAUUCUGUUCUGAAACAAUUGAUAUAAUUCAGCCAGCACUUGUUCUAGCAACAGGUGACCUGACAGAUGCUAAGACAAGAGAUAAAGUGGGAUCUGAGCAGGUAGAAGCAGAAUGGAAAAUUUACCAGUCAAUCCUGAAGAGAUCAAAGGUCAUGGAAAAAACCAAGUGGAUAGACAUCAAAGGCAAUCAUGAUUCAUUCAACAUUCCACACCUGGAUAGCAUUUGGAAUUAUUACAGGAAAUACUCUGCCUGGCGUAAAGAUGGUUCUUUCCAUUACAUCCACACCACCUCUUUUGGGAACUAUUCAUUCAUCUGUGUGGAUGCUACACUGAGCCCAGGCCCUAAGAGACCCUACAAUUUCUUUGGAAUUUUAAACACGAAUCAAAUGAAAGAGCUGUCUUUGAUGGCAACAGCAAGUCUGCACAGCAACCAUACUAUCUGGUUUGGCCAUUUUCCCACCUCAACAAUCAUCUCCCCAGCCCCAGGAAUACGAACAUUAAUGAGUUCUGCCACAGCCUAUUUAUGUGGACAUCUCCACACAAUGGGUGGGCUGAUACCAGCCUUGCACAGUCAGCACCGCAGUGGCACUCUGGAACUUGAAUUGGGAGACUGGAUGGAUAACAGGAGGUACCGGAUCCUUGCAUUUGAUCAUGACCUCUUUAGCUUUGCAGAUCUUACCUUUGAAGAAUGGCCUGUAGUCCUCAUCACCAAUCCCAAAUCCUUCCUUUACAGCAGUUCUGCUCAUGAACCACUAGUCAAAAUUCGUUAUUCCACUCAUAUCAGAAUUUUGGCCUUCUCUCCUUCUGUCAUUACCUCCAUCAAAGUCUAUAUAGACGGAGUUCACUUGGGGAAUGCGCAUCAGGUGUCUGGCCCUCUCUAUGUACUGAAGUGGAGUCCACAAAACUACAGUGAAGGGUUCCAUCACAUAGAUGUGACUGUCCAGGAUGCUUCAGGAAGAAUUAGCACACGGAGUCAUAUAUUUGCUAUGGAAGAAAACCUCUCUCUUAGAUUUGGCUUUUGGCCAUCUUUUAUUCUUCUCACUGACCACAAUGUUCUAGCUUGUGUGCUCUUUGGACUGAUGGUGCUGAUUCAGAUCGCCUUGCUCGUUAUUUUCAGAUACCUCCGAAAGCCACCACUUAAAGAAAAGCCAGGAUUACUUACUCUGACCUCGUAUUCCCUUCACGUCUUCAGUAAAACAAACACCUUCUAUUACUCAAUUCUGGUUCUGAAUUUAUACACCCUUCUGGGACCCUGGUUUGUAGGUGAAUUGAUAGAUGGCCACUUGGGGGCCUGUUUUUCCUUUGGGGUGUUCGUUGGUGAUUCCUUCUUACAGGGUGGUGUGACAUUUCUGGUUGGGAUUUUACAGAUGUUGUUUUUCAACAUCCCAUUAAUGGCGUAUCUGUGCUGGUGCCUGUCGCUGCGAUGCCAGGGUCACAGCUUCUGUUCUCACAUUCGUCACGUCCGAUACCUCACGGCUGUGCUUGUCCACCUGACAAUGGCACUCCUCCUGGCCUGGCAGGUCUACUCCUGCUAUUUCCUGCAGCGAACCUAUGGGACUCUGGCUUUCUUCCUCUCCCCAAUGAGAACAUGGCUGGUGGUGCUGACCUCAGUUCUGAUUUAUAAAACCUGGACGCUGAAAUCAUCUAAGCUCAGAACUUACAUAGUAGAAAUGAAAAACUGUCAGAGCUCCUGA